AUGGUCACUUUGAAGCAAGGCGAGUUCGUCGGGUCUCUCGACUGUGGUACAACUUCUACGCGAUUCUUGAUAUUCGACAAAUAUGCGAACAUCGUAGCAGAGUAUCAAAUUGAGUAUCCUCAGUAUUAUCCCGAACCCGGCUGGCACGAGCAGGAUGCAGACGAAAUCAUAGAGAGCUGCGAUACGUGUAUCACGGAGGCCUGCAAGGCGCUGGAGUCAGCUGGCUGGUCGAAAGACAGCGUAAAAGUGAUAGGCAUCACGAAUCAACGCGAGACCGCGGUAGCGUGGAGUCGUAAGACGGGGAAACCUUUGACUCGUGCCAUCGUUUGGGAUGACUCCAGGACAAAGAACUCGGUUGUUCAUUUCGAGCACAAGCUCGCAACCGUCGGUCUUGAAGUCAAACCUGGCGUCUUCAAAAAGGGAGAAGAAGGGGUACAAGCUCUGAAGGAGAUAACUGGUCUUCCAAUCUCUACCUAUUUCUCUGCGAUCAAGCUCCAUUGGAUGUUCGACCACCGCGAAGAUGUCAAGAAGGCUCACGAUGAAGACGAUUUGUUAUUUGGCACAGUCGAGUCUUGGAUAGUAUAUCGUCUGACAGGCGGUGUCAAGAGCGGCCUACACAUCACGGAAGUGACCAAUGCAUCUCGUACACUCCUCUUGAAUCUUCAUACGCUUAAAUGGGACUCUGUCCUCCUGAACUUCUUUGAAAUUAAGCCUUCUGUUCUUCCUACGAUUGUUUCAUCAUCAGAAGUGUAUGGCGAACUUGCGUACGGCAUGUUGAAGGGCGUGAAGAUUGGCGGUCUCAUUGGUGACCAACAAGGUGCCCUUGUCGGUAACAAGUGUCUCAAGCAAGGCGAAGCGAAGUGUACGUACGGAACGGGGGCUUUCCUGCUCUUCUGCACAGGUGAAGAAAUCGUGAAGAGUUCACACGGCUUGUUGAGCACGGUAGCAUAUCAGGCUGGCCCUAAUGCCAAGCCGUCGUAUGCCCUCGAGGGUAGUAUUGCUGUUGCCGGUAGUGCCAUCAAGUGGCUGCGGGACACCAUGAACAUAUUAUCGUCCGCUGCUGAAGUCAACUCUCUUGCUGCUAAAGUCCCUGAUACCGGAGGUGUAUACUUCGUGACUGCAUUCUCCGGCCUUCUGGCGCCUUACUGGGAUCCUGGCGCUGCUGGACUUUUGAUCGGUCUUUCAUCGUAUACUACACCCGCCCACAUUGCCCGUGCGACACUGGAAGCGAAUGCCUUUCAGACCCGCGAGAUUCUCGAGAGUAUGAAACUCGACUCAAAGUCUGACUUGAAGCACCUCAAGGUUGACGGCGGCAUGACCAACGGCGACAUGGUAAUGGAAAUCCUGGCGGACAUUGGAGGAUUUACCGUGAUACGCCCUGAGAUGAGAGAGUCGACUGCGCUCGGCUCCGCACUUCUCGCUGGUUCUGCCAUUCGGAUUUUCGGUUGGGACGUCAACAAUCCGGAGACGCUCGCAGAGGUGAACACUCAAGGCAGCCGUGAAUUCAAGCCAGGAAUGGAUGAGGCCCUCAGAGAGACAAAUUGGCAAGGAUGGAAACGUGCGGUAGGGAGGUCGCUGGGAUGGGAUGAAGGUGUUGAUGAGUAA